AUGGAUAUGACAUCUGAGGAAUGGUUUGUGAUUCUUGGUGUCUCGCUCGGUGGCUGGACCUUCAACGACAACAAAACAGACACUCAGAAAGUCUUUGCCGAGAUUAGCUCUACGGAGGACAACUGGUCUAAGUUCAUCGACAAGCUCCUCUCCUUCAUGCGUGAUUACGGCUUUGAUGCUGUAGAUAUCGACUGGGAGUAUCCUGGAGCUCCUGAUCGACAGCCUAAAGACUGGGACUCCAAGGACGAUGGCAAGAACUAUGUGAAGCUCAUAAAAGACAUCCGGAAGGCUUUCGACGACCAUCAACUUGAAUACGAGCUCUCCUUCACAGCCCUAACCUCAUAUUGGUACCUCCGCUGGUUCGAUAUCCAUGAAAUGGUUAAAGCCGCAACUUAUAUAAACCUGAUGAGUUACGACCUCCACGGUGUCUGGGAUUCUAGCAACCCUAUCGGUAGCCACGUUCUCGGGCAUACUAAUAUGACUGAGAUAAACGAAACAGUUUUCGUCCCAGACUAUGACGACGGGCGCUGCAGCGGUUGGCAACUUCAAGUUCCCAUCUAA